UUUAUGUGCAGACCCCCUUUUUGAUUCUUGAUUCUUGAAAGGUCCUGCAGACUAAAUCUUUAUGAAUAGGAAAGUGUAAUGCCUUAGGCCAACUCAUGAACUUGUCAUGUUUGCUUUUUUUUUUUUCAUUUGGACUUAGAAAUUUUCCCCCUUUUUUUUAAUUUUUCCUUUGCCUUUUUCUCCUUUGCAGCAUUUCUCUGCUUCCUUUAAAUAAUGAAUAUGGCAGAUUCUCCAAUCAUCUCCUCCACUCUGUAGGAAACACACAUAAUUGCACCCAACAACCAAAUCCUUUUCACUAUAUAGACUCCUCUUAUCUCACUUCAAAAAAAUAUAUUCAUCACCUUUUUUUUCCUUCUAAAACUUCAACAAAAAGAAAAAGAAAAAAUCUUCAUGAUGAGUCAUUCUUCAUCUACAACUUCUGUUAAUGGAUUCUACAACUUCUUAACUAGAGGACUUGACAAUCUUGAUCACUUAUUCCUAUCUCAAAACUUCAUGUCUUUUCAUUUUCUUCAACAUGUUUUGUCAUCUUUAAGGUCUUUUCAUUCCCAAUUAACAUUACUAGUUCAAAAGUUACAUUUGCCUGUUGGAGAAAAAUGGCUUGAUGAGUAUAUGGAUGAAAGUUCAAGGCUUUGGGAAGCUUGCCAUGUUCUUAAAUCAGCAAUCACAAGCAUGGAGAAUUAUUACACUGCUGGUGCUAAUUUUGCUUCUUCUCUUGAUGAUCACCACAUUUUAAAUCCCCUGCUUUCCCGCCAGGUGAUUCGAGCGAUUAAUCGGUGUCAGAGGGAAAUAGUAGGACUUGAAGAAGAGAACAAGAGCUUAAUGGAAACAAGAAUGCAAGAUUUAUCAUUGAAUUUCGACGAAAAUGUUCUGAUAGGAUCAAAAUUCAAUGGAUUUAGUGGGUUCAGAGGAGUGCUUUAUGCAAUGAAGAAUGUCAGUUCAUUGCUUUUGGUUAUUUUAGUAAGUGGACUUGUAUAUUGUUGGCCACAAACAAGUUUUUACCAAAGUGGUAGUAAUGAAGGGAACAUGGUUUUUGGUUCAUCUUUUAUGGUUUCCACUUCAAGAUUGUAUCAAAGAGUUGCAGCAGAGGUGAAUCAGGCUGAAGGACAACUCCCAGGGAUACUACUUUUCGAGUAUCGAAGAGCAAGAGUAGCCAUGGCUGAGCUGAAAAUUGAAGUAGAAAGAGCAAAAGAAUGUGGAGUAGUAUUGUCACAAGUUGACAUCCAUGAUAAGAUUGAAAAUUUGAAAGAUUGCUUUGGAAUGUUGAAAUGUGGGGCAGAAAGCAUCAUUGGACAACUUGAUGACUUCUUUGAUGAAAUAGUUGAAGGAAGAAAGAAACUUUUGGACUUGUGCACUCAUAGGUAAUUUUUAAAGGACACACAAGGGGGGGAAAAAAUAUGUGCCUUCAUUAGGAGAUGGUAGAAAUGUAACAAUAACUUUAGUGGGGUAGUUUUUAUUACAUCUUUAAAAAUGUCAUUUUUCCUAUUUUGCAGCUAAAGUUUAGUCUUGAAAAACUUUAGGAGGAAGUUUUCUCUGUCAAGUAAUGCAUGAAUAUUAUUAUCCUCAAGGGAAAAAAAAAACAGAAUGUGAUUCUUCCUUUGAAUAAAAGUAAAACAUUAUAAACAA